CCCGAGGAGAUUUACUCAAUCUGGACCUUUUGGAAUUUUAAUUGAAUACCCCUGAUCUAGGAGGUCCGGCUCGGUGUUGACGAAGACAGCCAACUGAUGAUUUAGGAGAUCUAGCAGGCCGUCGUCAGGCAUGGCCAACUGAGGUUCUAGAUGAUCUGGCAGGGUGUCGGUGUAGAUGGUCGCCUAGGUUUCAAGCUGGAUGUUGGCAAGCACGUCCAGCUAGGGUUCUGUGGCACUGGUCAGCUAAGAAAGCCUUCCACCAGUAUAUUGCAAACUAAGAAUCCUGCUUCCAGGAUGUAGAGAAAGCAAUACCCUCCUCCCUGCUUCUUCCCCCUUAUUGGGAUAUAAAUUUAAAGCACUCUGUCAUUAUGUGGUUUCCUGUCACUUCAACGCAGCUUUCCCUACGCACAAAAAUAAUACUGAAUUAGGGCUGUGAGGGCAAACAGGCCAGAUGGUUGUUUCCCCAGAGCUGCAAUAAAAUCUCUUUAGCUGCUGAGGAUGAACCUGUCUGCACUGGUUCUAUUAUUAUAUAGAGUUAAAGUGAUUAACUCUGAAUAGGUGAAAACCACCAUUUUCUUCAAUCUUGAGGUUUAUCAGCUGUAAUGCAUCAGGUAGCCGGAGAUAAAAAAAUAAAUAAAAAAGAUUAUCCACAGCCAUGCAGACAUGCGUCCAAAGGAAGCUUAGACAUACUGAUUCGCAUCAUGUUCAAGGUGUGUUUAUUGUUAUUCUACAACACAGGUUGCACAAGGAAAUGCAAGUUGUAUUCCCUUGCUACACAAGAAAAUAUAUUAGAACAGAACUAUUUUUAUGAUGGAGUAUGGAGGAUGACUUGAGGUGUCAAACUACAUUAAACUGUGUCAACCCUACAAAUAUAGGAAUGAAACACGCACACAAAUGCAGGAAAUAUAUCAAUUUAUGCAGAAAAAAAAGCAGUGGCAUCAAUUAUUACAAUAUUUUAGAGCUCCCCCUAUAUCACUCGAAUGAGACUUUGUGGGGUGCUCAUGUCUCUUUCAGGGGAGCUAAACUCCCCAUUGCUGCCUGGUACUACUAACCAUACUGUACCUACUACUUUUAAAAUGACAGCAUUAUUUAGAUGGAGCAAUUGACAAGGGCAGUCUAGGCCGUUCAAUUGUCACUCCGAGCACCAAUGUGCACUUUGGUUUCGUUUUGACUGCUGUGAAAGUAGAGUACCUAGGUACGCAGCAUUCUUUAUUUCUUGACACAAUUGCGUUAUUAUUGUAUUAUGUCUAGCUAUCAAAACAUAAAUCUGUUGAGGGAACACAUGCAGAAUAAGAUACUGUGAAUCAAGCAAUUGAACAAAUAUACCAUUCCAAAGAACUCAUAGUAUGGGCCCACAAUCUAGAGAUCACAGGUGUGCCCAUCUCUCCUCUUUCAGUAGUUUGCUGCUCCAUAUUCCAUGUGACACAGUUAGCUGUCAGGUUUUGGCUGUUCACACACCGUGCAAGGCGAGGCAAGCCACAGUGGGGUGGCAGCGAGUGGUGGUGGUGGUGAGAGGAAAUACUUAGGCCAUGCAACAGUCCUUUAUAGAAAGUAAUAACCCCACUCACAGAUGUUUGCAUGACACUGCCAAGCUCAGGGAAAUGUCACAUUUUACAGUCUGUGUGUGUGUGUGUGUAACAAAUAAACUUAAAGUACUUCCAGAUCAUGCUCAAAAUUAUGUUAUGUGCUAUUUGGGCUUUAUUUUUGUAGUUCUGGCCAUCAGUUCUGUCAAAUAUGAUAAUAUUGUAUACCCACAAGUGUUACUGCUUGGAUAUCAGAACAAGGUGACAUCACCAAAAAUCUGUCCAAAAAGAUGGUAUAGUGGCGUCUUGGUCGGAGGAUAUGCUGUGGCUUAGAAAUCUCUGAAGCGCGUUAAACACCACCAAUUUAUAAAUUCCUAAAUCAAUUAUCAUGGAGAGUAAGGCUAUCAUAACUGAUAUAACUGAUAGCCAGAGCUACGAAAAUGAAACCCAACUUGUAAUAAGCUGUUUAAUUCUGCUAACCAAUGAUGACUUGUACUGGACUCUUUGGACACACCCACUUUAAGCCACAAUGAUUUAGCUGUUGGUCAGAAACUGUGGUGGUCAGAAUAACUCUAUAAAUAUAAACUGCGUAAUGACUGCAAAUAUCAAGUGCCAUUAAAAUAAGUUGUUACCUCAUAAACAUGUAUUAGGUCUGGGCAGUGUUGCAUGAAUGACAUUAUGGCUUUACCAUUCAUAAAACAUUUGCCUUAUUUUAGCAAAGGGACUUUUUUAUGCCUCUGCGCCCGUCUGUCCGUCAAUCCGGUUCAUUCUCGUCAACAAUGUAUCUUGGAGUGAUUGGAAUUUGGUUGUCAAAGGUCACUGUGACCUCACAAGACACGUGUUUUGCCAUAACUCAAGAAUUAUUACGUCAAUUUCACACAAAUGUCUAAUAGGAUCAAAUUAUGUAGGGAUGACAUUUUGGACAGACAUGGAUGUAAACUGAAACAUGAAUGGCUGGCAGAGGCAUACAACCACUAUGCGGUAAAUUGUGUUCACACAUGUCACACUGAAACUUGAUCAAACUGUAAACAUCACUUCCUGGCUUUAUCAACCAAAGUUGAAUUAUUAAAGAUCACUCAAUACUGCCAUUGGACUGUAUAUCAAUAUAAUAUUGACCAAUUAUGAUAUGCCACUCUCACCCUGUGUUUACCUAAAGUGUUCAGCCCUAGAGCACUGUCUAGCAGUCGGACUACAAAUCACACCCCUCACUGCUUCCACAGUGUGUCUUAAGACAUUGCAGUCAGUUGUAACACAAGCAGCUUGUUCGUUAUUCUUAAAAAAUGUUUUGAAAUUAAGUUAUAUAAAAUAACUUAUUUAUUAAUUUACUGCAUUUAGUACAUUAUUUAUCUACUGUUUAGCAACUGAAAUGCUGGGCAAAAAUUGCUUGACCUUUUGCAUUCUGCUUAUGUGAUGUCGUUGUUUCAUUGUUUGGGUUUUUUCAGAUAUAGAUGAGUGCCAGGAUCAGCGGGUCUGUACCAGAGGCCACUGCCAGAACACUGAAGGCUCCUUUAUCUGUCAGUGUGGGCUAGGCUUCAGAGUGUCUCCAGCUGGAGACCAUUGUGAUGAUGUGGAUGAGUGUUUAGAAGAAUCCAGGCCCUGUGAGGCUGUAGGGGAGUGUGUUAACAACAUGGGCUCCUACACCUGUACCUGCCCCCAGGGAUACCGACAGAUCAACGGCACCAGCUGCAGAGAUGUUGAUGAAUGUAUGGAUGAACCAGAGCUUUGUUCGCCCCACGGAGAGUGUCUCAACACAGAGGGGUCCUAUCUCUGUGUGUGUGAGAGUGGAUUCACUGCCAGCCUUGACACGCCCUCCUGUGAUGAUAUUGAUGAGUGUGGACUCAAUGAGACACUGUGUGGCCCUCGUGGCUUCUGUGAGAACAGACUGGGUUCCUUCCAAUGCCUCUGUGAGCAGGGCUACCAGGAGUCCCAGGAUAGCCAAGACUGUGUGGGUAAGUGUUGAACAUUUGGUAUGAGGAUAUUAAGCUGGACCUAUUGUAGUUUAUUGUAUUAUAUGGUAUUUGCAUGUGAAUACAAUCAGAACCCCACAUAAACUUUGAAUCGCAUGCUUACAGUCAAGUUCUAGCUUAGUGUAUUAGUUUGCAAACAAGCAGCAACAUUCUACAGUACAUCUCAGAAAAUAAAACACGAAUUUUCCAGCCUUGCAUUUCUCACUACAUUCAUUCACUACUUGAUUUGUCAAAUACGAUGUCUACAUUUCCUGUCUAUAACAAAGCCGUGUCCUUCUCUGAUUUAUGGAUGUUGGGAUAACUUGCACUAAUGAAGCAGCAUGCUGGUACUGAUACCUUAAAACCAUUUCAGACAUUUUGGUGAGGCUUUGACCACCAAAAUGGUGGUGGGCCUUGCACUGCCAUGAGGGUUGAGCUUAGAUUAAGCGGGGACACUAAGCUCCUCUGCUGCUGCCUCACGGGAUGGAGCUGGG